UUAAAGGCAUAUGAUUUUGCAAUACUGAUAGAUAUUUCUCAAUUACCAUCCAUAAGAGUUGUAUCAACUUAUACUUUCACCAGCCAUGUAUUCCCCACAGUCUCACUGUUACCAAACUUUUUUUUUUAAACAAUCUGAACAGUGGAAAAUGGUAUCUGAGGAUUUUCUUUUAGAAAUGAAAACUAGGAAAAUUUUAGAAAGAAAAUAGAAAGUAUUAGAAAGAAAGCCUGAAUAUGCAGGGGAGAGCGAGAGGAGGUAACUGCAGGAGAAGACUUCCUUACUAGGCUGGAGGAGCGGGAUCCGCUGCACUGGUGAUUCAUUUAACAGGUACAGAUGCAGGGGGUUGUUGUACAUUUUGAAGGUGCAAGUGUCUUUUGAUUGCGUCUAUUUUUCAUGUGAAAUAAGAAUCGCGGUCAUAAGGUAGGCGAGGAGAGGGGAGAGGGUGUUGAACAUUUGAGAGAAGAGAUGUGAACUGCUUCCCUUAGAGUCGGGGAGUAGCCUGCCCAGGGCAACUACAUUGUUGAGCAGCUCUGAGGGCCCCCAUGAGGAUUGCAGCCUUAAAUUUAAAGUGAAUUUUGAAGGAAAAGGAGCACCAUGCAUGAAGAAGACCCCUGCUUCAGGGAAAUGUGAGUAAAAACAAAAAAGCAAAGCAUUCAUCUAGUAUUCAUUUAACAAAUAUUUAGGGGGACUCUCCUACACAGAGGCACUGUUGCUGGCUCCUGGCUUGUCACUUAACAGCAGAUCACAAGCAUAUUCAAGUUGGCUGUUCACACAAAUCUGAUUAAGAUUAUUCAUUAUGCAAACAAAAAAUAUAAAAAGUUACCAUAGGAUAUCUUUAUAUGAAUCGUUCUUAACUUUGGGGAUGGGGGUUCUGACUCUUGGUAGCCUGAACAAACAGCUUCUCAGAAAAAUAUGCACAUAUACAAAUUUGCAGACAAUUGCAGGUGGUGUAGAACCACAAAUUAAGAAUCUCUCAAACUUUAGGGAAAUAAAACUUACCUAUUUUAAAGGAUGUAUUGUUUUAGUAUAUUUCGAAUGAUUCAAUUUACACAAAGCUUUCCAUGAGCUACUUCGUGUUGUGUACUGGACAUCUCAAUAAGGGCUCAGAAUUUGAAAUUAUUUUAGGUUUCCAAAAAGUUGCAAAAAUAGUAUAGAGUACCCCUAUGUUCUUCACCCAGAAUCCCCUAAAGUUAACAUCUUACAUAGCCGUCGUACAAUUAUCAAAACUAUUGAUACAAUAAUAUUAUUACUUGAUACACCUUGUUCAAAUUUCGUCAGUUGUCCCAUUCACGUCCUUCUGUUCCAGGGUCCAAUCCAGGAUUUCACUUUGCGUUUAGUUGUCCUGGACUUGGCUUUUUUUUUUUUUCCUUCUUUUUUUAAUCCAAAAGGGCUAUGUGUUCUUGGGCAAGUUAAUGUCCGAGUCUGUCUUCUGUCUUAAUAGACGUGAUGUGAUUAAGAAUCAAUUAAAAAAAAUACAUGUAGAAUGUUUUCGGAAACUUCAAAGGUAACGAAAUUGUUCUUACUGCUCAAAGCUGGGCAUAUCUAGUGUGGCCUUUCAUUCAAAUUAAAACAAAAAUAAAAAUAGAAGCUUAUUAUUAUUGUCGAGAUGUUUGUCCCCAAGUAGGACCCGUAGCUUCUCCCUUGGCCGCCAGGAUACGCUUCCUCUAAUUGGGCAGCGUGUACCCGCGCUGACGCAGGAAGGCCGCCUCAUUGGUCCGCGCUGUCGGGACUCAGGCGGCUUUUCUCUUAGUGCUCAAGGCGCCGACCCAUUUCUCUUUCUCCAGCCGAGCGCUCCCUUCCUUCCGAAGUGCCAGCCUGAAGGGAUCCAGACUGAGAAAGAGCAUGAUAAACCCUAUCAUGCAUGGUCAUGGUAUGGAUUUGCUGAGAUCCUGCUUAUGAAAACAGUCACUCUUACGGUCCUGUACAUAAUAGGAUCUGAGCACAGGCACCAUGACGACCCUGGAUGAUAAGUUGCUGGGGGAGAAGCUGCAGUACUACUACAGCAGCAGCGAGGAUGAGGACAGCGACCACGAGGACAAGGACAGAGGCAGGGGUGCCCUGGCUGGCAGUUCCAUGCCUGCAGAUGCUGAGUUGGCAGGCGAAGGCAUCUCAGUUAACACAGGUCCAAAAGGUGUGAUCAACGACUGGCGCCGCUUCAAACAGCUGGAGACGGAGCAGCGGGAGGAGCAGUGCCGGGAGAUGGAGAAGCUGAUCAAGAAGCUGUCUGUGAGCUGCAGGUCCCAUCUGGACGAAGAGGAGGAGCAGCGGAGGCAGAAGGAGCUCCAGGAGAAGAUCAGUGGGAAGAUGACUCUGAAGGACUUUGCCAGGGUGAAUGAGGACCAAGACGACGAGGAGUUCCUGCAGCAGUACCGGAAGCAGAGGAUGGAAGAGAUGCGGCAGCAGCUCCACCAGGGGCCCCAGUUCAAGCAAGUUUUUGAAAUCCCCAGUGGAGAGGGGUUUCUGGACAUGAUUGACAAAGAGCAGAAGAGCACCCUCAUCGUGGUCCAUAUUUUCGAGGACGGCAUCCCCGGGACCGAAGCCAUGAACGGUUGCAUGAUCUGCCUGGCUGCGGAGUACCCAGCCGUCAAGUUCUGCCGGGUGAAGAGCUCGGUGAUCGGGGCCAGCAGUCGCUUCACCAGGAACGCCCUUCCUGCCCUGCUCAUCUACAAGGGGGGCGAGCUGAUUGGCAACUUUGUCCGUGUCACUGACCAGCUGGGGGAAGAUUUCUUUGCGGUGGACCUUGAAGCUUUCCUCCAGGAGUUUGGAUUGCUCCCAGAAAAGGAAGUCUUGUUGCUAACCUCCGUGCGUAACUCAGCCACCUGCCACAGCGAGGAUAGCGAUUUGGAAAUAGACUGAAUGGCUGGGCUAGUGGCAUACAUUUCUCAUCGUUUGGGCUGGAAGACACACGUCCGUGUGUUUAUUUUCGUUCUUUUCUGUGUCUUCUGGCUUUUCUGCUGUUCUUUGUAGUCCCUUUUAUGAUAUGUCAAGUCAAGAAAUUCUUCUAUCAAAUCAGAAUGCUGAAUCACCUUGUGGCUAUCCAUAAAGUGACCUAACAUUGUAUAAACAGGAAGCCAGGCUUUUGAACUGUUUACUUAAGAUUCUCUAGCAUGACAUCUCUGUUAUUGUUUCCAGUCAGUAUUUACAUAGCAUCCUGAAGACAGUGUCCUGGAAAUUGUCUUCAGAUGAUCUCAGAGGUCUCUGCCAGGUCCGGGAAUAUAAUUCUGUAGUUAGUGUGUUAUUUGCAACAUAAGUAAUACAUUUCCUUCAUCAAAUGAUUGUAAAUUAUAUUUACUUAUAAUCAGACUCAUAGUCUUAGAAGACAGUUAAAUUUUUUCCCCCUAGACCGUAUUCUCUCCCAGGGUCUUGUUUAAAGGUUCCAGACCAUGUAUGUUUGCCCCAUCAAGAGGGGGGUGACCUUUGUCACCAGAGUCGAUAUCCUGCUCAAGCAUUAAAGUCUACAAUAGAGGAAGGAUCGAGAUGGACUGCCCUCUUGAUGCUGAAAGACCAGCUUGGCUUGAAAAUUAGAGCUGAGAUAGAGCUGGGAAGCCUUUUUAAAGGAAGAUCUUUCAAUUAAGAUACCCCUGCUCAUCGUUUUCUCUGUUUCUUUUUUAUUUAACAAGGUAAUUUUUUGGUUUCAUGUAGCUUUUGUUAAAACUUUUUUGCAUAUUGGAAAAGUUAAUAUUCAAUAGAAUACAGAAAAUACAGAAGCAAAAA